AUGACAACAAGAUCCUUUUGGGAAGGGGCCAUAGAGGUGACUCUCCCACAAAACUACCUAGACCUAAGUGAAUCUUAUCUAGUGCCAGAUAAUCAAACUGUAUAUUCUAACGACAAGGGUAGCUGUUUUAUCCUUGAAUUUGUUCAGCCUCAGCCUCUACCAAAUGAAAAAUCUGCCCAAUUCUAUUACAAUGACAUAGCCCAGUGUAACGAGGGUGUAGCCGACGAAGCUAUGGCCCAAGAAAUUAGCUCCCCAAUUGGCUCUGACGUUAAAUAUUGCGCAGUGAUCAGGGGUAAACAGACUUCGAAAAAGCCAGGAUCAAAUGAAGAAAUUCCCAUAUAUGUUUCUUUGGCGCUUUAUCGCUUCAUAACUGUUGAUAUGUUGAUGAGUCUCACUAGUGAAAUUGAGCAGGAACAGGAGAUUUGGGAUGGAAUUUUGCAAUCUCUAAAGCUUAUCGAUAUACAUCGGUUGUUCCCACAUAACUAG